CUUGAAGUGGGCGUGACCCAACAUAGUCUCUUAGCUAAUGCUAAAGGAAAACCGAAUCUGAGAAUUUUUACAACUCGAAACCAAACUGAUUGAACAUCAAAGGGCGAGCACGAUACCACACCGCAGCAGGUUCACCUGCAAAACUUCACUGACCAAAUGGCUACCGAGAUCCCUAUGGACACGGUGUCAGCUCCUCCCCCUGCCCUAGCCUCUUCACCAGACCCUGCACCUCCGGCUCUCAGCCCAAGUGCAGCUCGAGACCAGUUAUCUAGCCAGCAUCCAGGAUUAGCUGAAUCCCUUCAGACAGCGGUGACCUCAGAAUGCAGUGUUGCUCCAGAUCUCGAUGCAGCUCAGCCUGCAGACUCAGAUGUGGCUGCAGGACUUGUUCCUGGUUCUGAGCUUCCCCCAGCCCCUCUGCUGCCACCACCACCACCAGCCACUGCCAAGAACCCAAGCUGCAAGAUUAUGACCUUUCGGCCCACUAUGGAAGAGUUCAAAGACUUCGCAAAAUACAUAGCCUACAUGGAGUCCCAAGGAGCUCACCGUGCUGGUGUUGCAAAGGUGAUUCCCCCAGAGGGCUGGAAGCCGAGGAGAUGCUACGACACCAUCGAGGACAUGGUGAUUCCAGCUCCUAUCAUGCAGGUGGUGACCGGUCAGUCUGGUCUGUUUACCCAAUACAACAUCCAGAAGAAGUCAAUGACUGUGAGCGAGUACCGCAAGCUGGCCAACAGCAAAAAGUACUGCACACCUCGCCACAAAGACUUUGAUGACCUUGAGAGGAAAUACUGGAAAAACCUGACAUUUGUGUCACCCAUAUACGGUGCAGAUGUCAGUGGCUCCAUCUAUGAUGAGGACAUUCAAGAGUGGAACAUUAGCCGUCUCAACACACUGUUGGAUAUGGUGGAGCAGGAGUGUGGCAUCGUUAUUGAGGGCGUCAAUACUCCAUAUCUGUAUUUUGGCAUGUGGAAGACCACAUUUGCCUGGCACACUGAGGACAUGGACCUCUACAGCAUCAACUACCUGCAUUUUGGACAGUCCAAAUCCUGGUAUUCAAUUUCACCCGAACAAGGCAAGAGGCUAGAGAGGCUGGCACAAGGAUUCUUCCCUGGCAGUUCCCAAGGCUGUGACGCCUUCCUUCGCCACAAGAUGACGUUGAUAUCGCCAUCCAUCCUUAAAAAAUACAGCAUUCCUUUUGACAGGGUAACUCAGAAUGAAGGGGAGUUUGUAGUCACAUUUCCUUAUGGCUAUCAUGCCGGCUUCAACCAUGGUUUCAACUGCGCAGAGUCCACAAACUUUGCAACCCUGCGCUGGGUAGACUAUGGCAAGAUGGCCACCCAGUGUUCUUGUCGUAAGGACAUGGUGAAAAUCUCUAUGGACGUGUUUGUGCGCUGCCUGCAGCCCGAUCGCUAUGACCUGUGGAAGCAGGGCAGAGACACUACAGUAAUAGAUCAUCAUAAGACCACUGAGCUCACCAGCCCCGAACUGGAGCAGUGGAGGAAGCAUCGCGUCACAUUCCGAGAAAACCUCCUAAGAAAGGCCAUGCAGAGGAUGAAGCAGUUCCGCCGUCUAAAGCUGGAAGAGGUGAAAGUGUUGGCGGAGGAAGGCAUUCCGCUCGAUCAUGCUGAUUACCAGCGCCAAGUGGAGGAGCGUGAAGCCCAGCGGAGGCAGGAGAGGGAGGAGCGUCUAGCCAGAGAGGCCAUGAUGACCCUGAAGGCCAUGGAGCUCGAGGAGCAAAAGGCCGCUGAGGCUGCUGUUAAAGCAGCUGAAACUCCAACCACAGAGGGUGAGGGCGAUGUGAACAUGCAAGAACCACCGCCCCUGACAGAAGAUGGCGAAAAAAAGAAGCAGAAGAAGCCAAAGAAGAUGUCACUUAUCGACAAUGCCAUCACUGGAUUUGAGAAAGAAUUUGAGCAGUUUGCCACAUCUGGCAUCAUGAAUUCAGACAGUGCCACGGUCAGUCAUCCAGAGGUACCAGCAGACAACAAGCUGGAGGUGUGCUAUUCCAAGGUGAAGAUGCCAACAGAGGUGAAAAAGAGUCGGCGUCACCCCCUUAGCAAACCGCCCAUGCGCUCCCCUCUGUCCAUUGUCAAGCAAGAUCUAACCAGUGACCAAGAGCUGUCCUCACCCAUGCUGCUGGACAGCAGUUUUAAGAAAAAGGAGAACCCUUGGCGGAAUCUUUCACCCAACUUCUUGGCAGAGAAAGCCUUCAAUGUUGCAGUGGCAGCACUUCAACCAUAUUGUGCUGUCUGUUCAAUCUUCUGUCCCUACAUUAAGCCACAAAAGGAUGUCACCAUUGCAAAUGUGGCGCCAACCACCCCUCCCUGUCAUGGCGACAUGACUCGUCCACUGGUCCCAGAGAUGUGCUUUAGCGUUGGGGCAGAAAACACAGAGCCUCCACCCACUAACCCUCACGUUGGAGAGGAUGGAACCAGUCUUCUACUCUGCUGUUGUUCUUGCAAAAUGCAGGUUCAUGCUAGUUGUUACGGUGUAAAGCCAGACUCAGUCAGUGAUUCCUGGAUAUGCUCCAGAUGUACUGCAGGAGCCUGGACAGUGGAGUGUUGUCUCUGCAACUUACGUGGAGGAGCUUUUAAGAUCACUGUUGAUAAGCGCUGGGUCCAUGUCAUCUGUGCAAUCGCUGUGGCUGAAGCUCACUUUGUUAAUGCCAUUGAAAGGCAGCCAGUGGACAUCAGUGCUGUUCCAGAAACACGCAAGAAUCUGAAGUGUAUGUUCUGUCACAGUAAGAGUGUCAGUCAGAACCGUGGCGCCUGCAUCCAAUGCUCGUAUGAGAACUGUGCCACCUCCUUCCAUGUCACCUGUGCCCAAAUUGCCGGUGUAGUCAUGAAACCAGCUGACUGGCCCUAUGUGGUGUCUGUGACCUGUCACAAACAUAAAAAAGUCAUUCCGCCAAAAGUUACUCCUCCAAAAGUCACUCCUCCAAAAGUCACUACUCCAAAGGUGCGCCCGGCAGCAGCUAAAAGUAGCCCGUGUCCAAACCUAGGCCAGAAAGUGAUUGGUCGCAACAGUGACAGCUGGUACUACCACUGUACCGUUAUCGGCAUGGCAACGCAGACAUUCUACGAGGUUAACUUUGACGACGGCUCGUAUUGUGACAAUCUGCAACCAGAAAACAUAGUAAGUCACGAUUGCCUGCAUACCGGUCCUCCUGAAGCUGGGGAGAUGAUCUUGGUCAGCACAAAUGAGGGUCAGAUCCUCAAUGCGUCCUUCAUCAAAGAGCACUCUCACAAGUACUACCAGGUUGAGUUUCACGAUCAGACUCAGCUGCUGCUCAAACAAUCGGAGAUCCACUUUUUGGACCAGGAACUGCCUAAGAGGGUCCGUGCCCGACUUGCAAUACCUACGUCCCAGGAGGUUUCCUCGCCCGACGAAGCCCAAGCAGCAAAGCGCCGCCGUCUGCCCUCUGAUUCAGCCCCUCCCACCCUGACUCGCAUGGAAACAACCAAUCCGUCCACUUGCACCGUAACUUCAGCCUCAGCACACACAGCAGAACACGACAGAUUUACUACACCGCUGACCUCACAGCCACUGUCCCGGCACAGCAUGAUACCGCAGGAUGUAGCCGCCCAAGCCAAUGGUAUUCCGGUGGAUGCUGGAACCCCGAUGGACACAAGCCUCACCCUCACUCAAGCUGUAAUGGGGUCAUCCCUGGUGUCGGACCCCGCACUGACUCCACAGAUGAUGACCCCCUUCCAGUCGGCAUUGAACUCUGACCCCCUCCUGUCGGCCCUGUCCCCUCCCCCGCCACAUCAGCAAAUGUACACACCGAGCAGCGGCUACGUUUCCUACAUGGAGACGCUCCUCAAUUCACAUUUCCCUCAGGACGACGGGCCUGGACCCCUGUAUUAAAAAUAAUAAUUUAAAAAAACAUUAAAAAAAAAAACCCAACUCCACUAUGUCGUUACUUGGUCAACAGAGGCUGAGCCACUAGGAAGUAAGCUAAUGGAGGUGGAUUCUACUGAGUGCUGUAUUAAUGGACAAAAACAUUUCCUGGAGCGGUGGUGAGAGCUCAGGGCAGGAGCAGGAAGUAACUUGGACACAUGAGCACUCUUUUAAUGCAUGUUACUUUUCUAUUUUUGAGUUGAUGUAUUUGCAGUGGUGCUUUGGCCUGUCUGCUCCGAAGCAGCAGCUAAAGAGGCUUUUGUAUUUUCAACAUUAUUAUUAUUAUUAUUAUUAUUAUUAUUAUUGUUAUUAUUAUUAUUAAUAAUGUUUUUUGUAAAUUUAUUCUUCUUUUUUUUGGUUUUUUUUUGGUCUGCUGCUGUGCUUUUCUCCUCUGUCUUAAUAUGAAUAUAAUGUCUCUGGGUGGUAUCAACUCCAUACCUCGCUGCAAUAAUUCAGUAACAGCACACUCACAUUUACUUUCUUAGACAAGAAGCUAAUUACUAUGAUGGCCUCUCAGCAGUGAGGUCUGAGGUCUCGGUGGACUUCUCUCUCCUUUUUUUGUUUUCUUUUUAAGAAUAACCAGCAACAAAAGAUCUAUUUUUCAACACCGCCACCAUUUGCUUGAAAACGGGUGGAACAAGAGUGUCACAUUAACCAUCUACAGGAUAUUUUAACAAAGGUUUUUUUUUUUGUUUUUGCUGGAUUGCAAGAGGUACAUGGGGAAAUGGAUGUAUAAAAGAAAACAAAAAAGUAUUGUAGGGGGAACUCAGUAUUUAAAUGUCUUAGUCCAAUAUUGAAAGCAUUAUUUGUAAUAGGGAAAUAAUUUUGAAUGCAAACACUAGUUGAUCCGUCUGAAGGAUGCAUACACUUUUUUGUGAAGAUGUGUCACUGUCGUUAAGUGAUGAGACCUUGAUAUUAAUGUCAUACAAAUAGAGCCACUAUUUUCACGCUCCCACAGCUGUCUCAGGGUUCCUACACAGUUAAGGCCAGGAUAAAUUGUCUCCGACUUUGUCCUCAGUCGUACUCGGCACAUGAAUAUUUGUUGCUUCUUUUGUCAUAUUUGCUCCUGGUUAACCAUUAAUCUGCUCUACUGAGCGAGAGCUUUGUUUACUGUCACGUAAUCUCUAUGAAAUGAAAAUAUGAUAUAUGAUAUUUGGGAGAGAACAAAAAUGUAUGUAGGAACCCUAAAAUCUGGAAUAGGGCAUAUUUGUACGUGGCCUGAAUUGUAUGUGUUAAUGAUAUUGUAUAUGGUUAAUGUCAUCUGUCUUUUCUAUCACUGUAUGCUUUUUUUCUGAGAUGAACUCACAAACCUGGCCGAUCAAAAAGAAAGAUUAAUACCUUUAUUUUUGACAGAUUUUUUCAGGCAUAUUGCUCAGUUUUUACGGACAACAAAUGUUUUUUUCCAAAUUGUGCUACAGAGGUGCUACAGAGAUAUCAAAACUACUGACGGACGAUGUUUCCUGCCCCAACACUGUCACCUUGUACAUACCGCAGGCCCUGUGUAUUGUGACUCAGAUUUGUAAAUGUAUUUUCUUUUGCCCCCCCCCAACGCCCCCCCCCGUCACAACAAGUGAAAUGUUGGAACACAUUUUGUGUUCCUGUAUCUAAAUGACAUCCAUCAAGAAAUCUUCUUUCAUAGGGAUUAAAGUGGGUUGCUAGUU